ACAUAAACAAAAAAAAAACUCCAAAUGACAUUAACUGGAGGCCACGCUACGCAUUCUACGCUCAACGUCAACGUUCUACGCUCAAUGACAUUAAGGAAAACCCAGGUCUGAGCUCUAAAGUUACCUACUGCCCCCCUCCCUCCAUCUCCAUCUCGUUCUCCUAUCUCUCUCACACGCACACAAUAAGAAGUGUAUUAUAUACUUGCAAGAAACUACUCUGGCCGCGAUAUUGUCACCGACUUUUGUUGCAGUGGUCGUGGUUGCGUAAGUCCUGCAACUCUGCAACUUAAUUAUUCUGGAGAAUGAACAGGGCAGAUCGCCACAAUGAAACUAGAGAUCCGAAUGAAUCUAGCUCAUCUCAUCAGGAGAAUCGAAGUUAUCCAUCUGCGUCUGAGAAUUAUAAAGGUAUUGGGCCGAGGCCAUAUUCAUAUGGUGAACUAGCAAAUGCAACUGAUCGUUUCUCCAACAACGUUCUACUUGGCGAGGGUGGUUUUGGUCAAGUUUAUAUGGGAUUCCUAGAUGGUAAAUACUGUGCUAUUAAGAAACUUAAAAAUCUUCCGGAUGUACAGUCGGAAGAAAAUUUGGAGAAUGAGAUCUUGGUCGUAAGCAGAGUCAGUCAUAAAAAUCUUGUUCAGCUGAUUGGUUACUGCAUUGAUGGAGCCAAUAGAUUGAUUGUUUUAGAGUAUUGUCCCAAUAAGUCCUUGAGAUCUAAAUUACAUGAAGAAGGGGAGAUUUUGGACUGGCAGAAAAGAAUGAAAAUCGCCGUAGGCUCUGCGAGAGGAUUGGAAUAUCUACAUGAAUAUUGUAAACCUAGAAUCAUACACUUAGAUAUCAAGCCAGAUAAUAUUAUUCUCGAUAACGAAUUUGAACCAAAGAUUGCAGAUUUUGGACUUGCCCUAUUCUUUUCAGAUGCUGCUACUCACGUCUCCAAGUCAACAAAUAAGGGAACCCAAGUUUAUGCAGAUCCAAUGACAACGAGAACUGGAAAGUAUUCUGAUAAGUCAGAUAUUUAUUCUUUUGGUGUUGUACUUUUAGAGCUGAUCACGGGAAAAAAGCCUAUGGAUAAAGACAACGACAUUGUUAAUUGGGCAAACUCUCGAAUUAAAAAAGCUCUAAAGGGAGAAUAUGAGGUUUUUGUAGAUUCCAGAUUGCAAACAUUUGACCACGAAGAAAUGUAUCGAAUGAUUUUCUGUGCCAAAGCUUGUGUAAAUAGACUUCCAAAGUCUCGUCCAUCUAUGAGAAGGAUACUUCUUGCUCUCGAAGGAAAUUUGCCUCUAGAGAAUUUAUGCGAUGAGAAGGACAACAAACUGCGAUCGAGUACUAUAUAUAAAGCAAACCGGGAAGAAAUCUCGCCGGCAUCCACGGCUGGCUCUAACUUGUUUGGGUUGUUCAAUUGGAUGAGAAAAGCUAAUCGCCAACCCAGAGGAGUUAAAAAAGAGGAAAGAGCUAUUCCAACCCAACCAACUCAUAAUGACAGCACAGAGGAAGCUUGUCAACCAAAUCUUGUCAUGAGGAAGAAGAAGGUUCACAUAAACAUUGUGGUCAUUGGCCAUGUUGACUCCGGCAAGUCAACCACCACUGGCCACUUGAUCUACAAGCUUGGAGGUAUUAACAAGCGUGUGAUUGAGAGGUUUGAAAAGGAGGCUGCAAAAAUGAACAAAAGAUCAUUCAAAUAUGCCUGGGUGCUGGACAAGCUGAAGGCUGAACGUGAACGUGGAAUCACCAUUGAUAUUGCUCUCUGGAAGUUUGAAACCACCAAAUAUUAUUGCACUGUCAUUGAUGCUCCUGGACAUCGUGACUUUAUCAAGAAUAUGAUCACUGGUACCUCUCAGGCUGACUGUGCUUUGCUCAUUAUCGACUCAACUGCUGGUGGUUUUGAAGCUGGUAUUUCCAAGGAUGGUCAAACCCGUGAACAUGCCCUGCUUGCUUUUACUUUUGGUGUCAAGCAGAUGAUUUGCUGUUGCAACAAGAUGGAUGCUACAACCCCAAAAUACUCGAAAGUUAGAUAUAAUGAAAUUGUGAAGGAAGUUUCUUCCUACCUUAAGAAGGUAGGUUACGACCCUGAGAAGAUCCCAUUUGUCCCCAUCUCUGGUUUUGAGGGUGAUAACAUGAUUGAGAGGUCAACCAACCUUGACUGGUACAAGGGCCCUACCCUCCUUGAGGCCCUUGACUUCAUCGAUGAGCCCAAGAGGCCCUCACACAAGCCCCUCCGUCUACCACUUCAGGAUGUCUACAAGAUUGGUGGCAUUGGAACUGUUCCUGUUGGACGUGUUGAGACUGGUGUCUUGAAACCUGGUAUGGUUGUUACCUUUGGUCCCUCUGGACUUACCACUGAAGUUAAAUCUGUUGAGAUGCACCAUGAGGCUCUCCAGAAGGCCCUUCCAGGUGACUAUGUUGGUUUCAAUGUUACGAAUGUUGCUGUCAACGACUUGAAACGUGGUUAUGUUGCUUCUAACUCCAAGCAUGAUCCGGCCAAGGAGGCCGCCAAUUUUACCUCUCAGGUCAUCAUCAUCAACCAUCCUGGCCAGAUUAAAAAUGGAUAUGCCCCCGUCCUUCACUGCCACACCUCCAAAAUAGCUGUUAAGUUUUCUGAGAUUCUGACCAGGGUUGAUAGGCGAUCUGGUCAGGAGCUCGAGAAGGAGCCUAAGUUCCUGAGGACUGGUGAUGGUGGGUUUGUAAAGAUGAUUCCCACCAAGCCCAUGGUUGUGGAGACCUUUUAUGAGUAUCCUCCUCUUGGUCGUUUUGCCGUAAGGGACAUGCGCCAGACUGUGGCUGUUGGCGUCAUCAAGAGUGUUGAGAAGAAGGAUCCAAGUGGUGCAAAUGUCACCAAGUCAGCAAAGCAAUGAGAAAAUCAAGCGUCUGCUGAGUGAAGUUACAGUUCUUAGUUUAGUUAUGUUUUUUAUUUAUGUAUUGUUGCUGUUAUUUUCAGAAACAGAUUCAGUUUCUUAUCCCUGCAGUUUUGUGUCCCUCCUUGCCGUGUGUCCCGAGUAAUUAUAUUAAUUGUGUCCCUGGAUGUUAUGGAAUUAUGGCGUUUUUGGGAUUUGAUAGCAA